UCCUUCCCCAGCCAGGCAGCUUUUCCCUGGCCUGUUGUCGGGCUGGCUCAGCUCCAGGCUCUGCCCCGUCCCUCCCCUGCUCUGAGGCCGCCUGUCCCGCCCCUCCUGAGGGAAGUGCUGGCUCAGCAGCGAGGGCCAGGCCUGGCAGUGGUGCAGUUGCUGGUGCCCAUCACAGCCAUGGCAGUCAGGCACAGGCUGGGCAGGGCCUGGGCUGGCUGCAGCCUGCAGGGCCAGAGGCUGGCUCACGCCGAGGCCAUGGGCCAGCUGCAGCGGGAGUACGACGCCGUGGUGAUAGGGGGAGGGCACAACGGGCUGGUUGCAGCUGCCUACCUGCAGAAGUCAGGCGUGCGGACAGCCGUGCUGGAGAGGCGUCAUCUUCUGGGAGGCGCUGCGGUCACAGAGGAGAUUGUCCCAGGCUUUAAGUUCUCCAGAGCGUCCUACCUGCUCAGCCUGCUGCGGCCGCAGAUCUCCACAGAGCUGGAGCUGCAGCGGCACGGUCUGAGGGUCUACGCCCGUGACCCCUACUCCUUCACCCCCAUGCUGGAGGAUGGGCAAGCCCGGCGCUCGCUCCUGCUGGGCCACAACAUGGCGGACACCCAGCGGCAGAUUGCUCAGUUCUCCUCCAAGGAUGCACAGGCCUAUCCAAAGUACGAGGCGUUCCUGAGCCGCUUGGUGUCGGCCCUUGACCCGCUGCUGGACGCCGCACCGGUGGACCCCGCUGCCUGGAGCCAGGGCCCCCUGCUGCAGCGGCUCCACGCCCUGCGAGGCCUGCAGCCCCUGCUGCGGGCGGGCCUGUCGCUGGGGAAGCAGCUGCCCCAGUAUUACCAAGUGCUCACGGCCCCAAUCACCAGGACCUUGGAUCUCUGGUUCGAGUCGGAGCCCCUGAAAGCGACCCUGGCCACGGAUGCAGUGAUCGGUGCCAUGGCCAGUCCCCACACGCCCGGCAGCGGGUACGUGCUGCUGCACCACGUGAUGGGCGAGCUGGAGGGGAGACAGGGGUCCUGGGGCUACGUGGCAGGCGGCAUGGGAGGGGUGUCCCAGGCCAUCGCCCGCGCAGCUGCUGCCCACGGGGCAGACAUCUUCACCGAGAAGCCAGUCGCCCGCGUGCUGCUGGGUCCCCACGGGGAGGCGCAGGGUGUCGUCCUGCAGGACGGGACCGAGGUGAAGAGCAAACUGGUUCUGUCCAACGCAUCUGCUCAGCUCACGUUCCUGCAGCUCGUUCCCCAGGGGCAGCUGCCGGAGGAGUUCCUCCAGCGAGUGGCGCAGUUCGACACGCGCUCCCCCGUCUCCAAGAUCAAUGUGGCUGUGGAUCGGCUGCCCAGCUUCGUGGCUGCACCCAACGCCGGUGAUGGCCGCCCACUGCCCCAUCACCAGUGCUCCAUCCACCUGAACUGCGAGGACACACACCUCCUCCACCGCGCCUUCCAGGAGGCCAGCAGUGGGGAGCCAUCCACUAGGCCCAUGAUCGAGCUGUGCAUCCCCUCGGUGCUGGACCCCACUCUGGCUCCCCCGGGCUGCCACGUGGUCUCUCUCUUCACGCAGUACACCCCAUACGCGCUGGCCGGCGGGCGGCAGUGGGACGAGCAGGAGCAGAACGCGUACGCCGACAGGGUGUUUGACUGGGUCGAGAGCUACGCACCAGGGUUCAAGGCGUCCGUCGUCGGCAGAGACGUCCUGACGCCGCCGGCUUUGGAGAAGAUCUUUGGGCUGCCCGGAGGGAAUAUAUUCCACGGCGCGAUGUCUCUGGACCAGCUGUAUUUUGCCCGACCAGUGCCCUCGUACUCUGGCUACAGGUCCCCGAUCCCAGGCCUGUACCUCUGCGGCAGUGGCGCCCACCCCGGUGGGGGAGUGAUGGGCGCUCCAGGCCGCAAUGCAGCCAGCGUGGCCCUAGAGGACUUCAAGCACAUGUGACGGCAGAGGCGAUGCACCGGCCUAGCCCAGGGAAACGGAUGGUGGCUGUCGUGACCUGGCCAUGCGUGUGCCUCUCGCCACCCCCCAAAUACCCCACAGCAUGGUGCUGUUAGAGCUAGCCCUGCCCUGGGGCUGCUGCCUCCCCCCGACCCUGUACUCUGAGUGUUUACACCGUUGCUCUUACCUGUCUCUGGCAUGGUAACCGGGGCAUGUGGGGCUGGCAGAGCCCUGUCUGCUCCUAGCCCAUCCUGCCCUGGCAGUGCUGGUUCCAGCGCAUGCACACGCGGGCACACACACACCACAGAGCCCAGGGGAUCAAACCCCGUCCCAGAGCUGACCGCAGAGGGCUGUUGGCAGGGGCAGGUCUAGCUCUGCCUGGAGAGGGACACUAGCCAACCCUUUCUAGUGUAGACAAGGCCCAGGGCAGACUGAGCCCUUGCCUGCUCUCCUAGAACCGCCAGGCACAGCGCUGGCCAGGAUUGCUCAUCCUUGCCCCUGAGCUAAGCUGAAGUCUGGAUCAUGUUACACAACCCCUCAGUCAGCGGCAGAAUAAAAAUCCCAACAGCU